AUGCAUCGCACAUUAAAUCGUCAGGCAAUGCGCGAUAUGAAGUUCCACUUUCCGGACGAAAUCGGAAUUGGAGGGACUUCAGCGCUACUGGCAGUCCGAGAAAAGUACUGGAAAAAAAGACGCCCCAAGUUCCCGCUACAAAUGCACAAAUAUACUCAAAAAGUAGUGGAAGAUGGAUGA